AUGCCUAUAAAAAUAAACGAAUAUAUUCAGGUAAUGUUGAUGCAUCAAAGAAUUAUUCGACAAAUUUUAUUGAUAUUAUAUCUUCUUCUCAAUUAUGGCGGGGUUCAAGGAAAAACAACGUUAUCUAAAAUUGAGGAGUUAGAGUUGGAGGAACAACUUAAGCUUCUCAACAAGCCAUCAAUCAAAACAGUUAAGAGUAAGUCUGGAGAUACAUAUAAUUGUGUGGAUUUCUACAAGCAACCGGCAUUUGAUCAUCCUCUAUUAAAGAAUCACAAUUUUCAUCCGGAGAUGAAACCUACUUUAGCUAGGUCAAAACAGAAUUCAAGUACCUCUGCAUCUAAUUGGUCAUCGAGGAUAUGGUCUGAAGAUGGUGGUUGUCCCUUUGGAACGGUUCCCAUUAAAAAAAUUACUAAAGAAGAUCUUAUUAGACAAAGAAAUAUGCCACCACCAGAAGAUCAUGUAACAUCUAAUCCUAAAUUCACUAUGAUUGCCGAUGUAUCUUCACAAGUAUACAUGCUUGCAAUAGUUCGAAUUCCAAAAAAUCCACAUAACAAGUUUGGGGGAGCUGGAAUGGCCAAUAGUAUAUGGAAUCCCCUUGUUGAAGGUCAACAACACAGUGCAUGUCGAUUGAAAGUUCAGAAAGGAUCAGACAUCUUACAAGUUGGUUGGAGAGUAGAUCCAACAUUAUAUGGCGAUAAUAACACUAGGCUUUUUGUGCAUUUUCAGGCUGGUAAUAAACAUUGUUUCAAUGUACUAUGCUCGGGAUUUGUAUUAGUAAGCAGUGAGACACCUAUUGAUAUGGUUUUUAAAGAUGUUUCACACCAUGGAGAAGGGGGUUCAUGGGAAGCCACAAUGUACAUUGAUCGGGAUCAAGCCAAUGGCAACUGGUGGUUUUUAUUUGAGAAAAGUUAUAAAAGAAUUGGUUUUUGGCCUCAACAAAUCUUCACUGACUUGAGAGGUUUUGCUGAUAACAUUGAGUGGGGAGGCGUCGUGUAUAGCCCACCGGGUGUGCCUAAACCUCCAAUGGGCUCAAGUAUUUUUCUUGUUGGAAACACUGCAGAUGAUGCUUAUUGUAGGAGGCUUAGCGUUUUAAAUGCUGAAGGUGCUACAGUAGACGUAGAUGAAACGACAAUAUAUGUUGAUGAUCCUCAUCUGUAUCAAGUUUCGGAUAUCCCACAUUUCAGACCUGGAAAGUUCCAACACGUUGCAUUUUAUGGGGGGCCGGGAGAGAGUCAAAAACUCCAAAUGUAA